GACACAAUGCCUGAAGAGAGCUGUGGCUAGCACCAGACGGGCCGCGAAGAGGCAAAGUAUCAAAGAGGCCCAUCUGCGAGACCAGGAGCUGGCGCAAGGGGCGAUCAAGACUUCGGUUGCAGCCGCACCACGUCGCAAGGGAUAAGAGGUAGCCUAGUCGAGGAAGCAAGGAUCGGAAUUUGUUCUUGUAACUGGAUACCCGUGUGGUAGCUUCUCUCUCCCUCCUCCGAUGAACACACUUGUUCAUCUGGAUUCCAUCCUCUCGGCGCGACGCUGAGGUUUGAACCCUAGUGGAUUCGUGUAUCAAACUAUCCUAGACUAUCUUGGGUGUUACAUAUGGUAUCAGAGCCAGCAAUCUUCGGCUAGGGAUCAGUAGAUCCAUCAAAUUCCCCAGAAAAAGCUCAAAAAAAAAAAAUCCCCACCAAAUUCUCGUCCCAGGAGCAGAGGUGUGGAAGCAAGCAGACGGGGUAAUCAUGGAGAAGGAUCUUGCAGACCUCAAAGCGCAGGGCGCCUUGGUCGCGGAAUCCAUGAAGGCAAUGGCAGACUCGCUCAAAGGGCUCGGUGCCUGGAUGCCUACCGUGGACUCACUCCACGAUCCAGAGAUCCAUUGAAGCGAUGGACACCCGUGUUGCAGCGUUGGAGGCGACGCGACUGCUAGACCAUGACCAAACGCCUCGGCCCCAUGGGCGCCACCUGCAACAACACACCCAGGGUACUAACGUGGAUGCUCCUCGAGCACCUGAUCAUGCCCUGGUCAAGGGAGGAGAUACUAGAAGAAGCUCGACAGAUAUCCAGCUCUCGUUUCAAGAAUGAAUACUCCAAAACAUCAUUCAGAAAUGGGUUUGCUGGGAGGGGCAUUUUAAGUCAACCAGCUGAUGAACAGAAAAAGACAGAGGAGAAGCCACCGUGGUCUGAUUCUCUGAGAACUCUCAAGGCUCAGCGCAGGGCACGAGGGGAAUGCUUCAAGUGUGGAGAGAAGUACCAACCUGGUCACAAAUGCACCAAGACAGUGUCUCUGAAUGUAGUGGAGGAGCUGUUAGAACUUAGAACUGCUGCAUGUUGA